UUGGCUCUUGGUCAGAUAUGUGACUGUUCGUUUACUUUCAGGGAAUUCAAUUUGUAUGCUAACGUUCGACCUUGUAAAAGUAUCGAUGGUCUGAAAACUCUGUAUGACAACGUUGACAUCAUUACCAUACGUGAAAACACGGAAGGCGAAUACUCUGGCAUCGAACAUAUCAUCGUGGACGGAGUGGUUCAGAGCAUCAAGCUGAUCACGGAGCAGGCGUCCAAGAGAGUUGCGAAGUUUGCGUUUGAGUUCGCUCAUAAUAACAACCGGAAAAAGGUUACCGCUGUUCACAAGGCGAACAUUAUGAGAAUGUCAGACGGACUAUUUUUGCGAAUGUGCCGAAACGUUGCCGAAAACUAUCCUGAUAUAAUUUUUCAAGAGGCAUACAUGGACACGGUUUGUUUGAACAUGGUUCAGGAUCCAUCCCAUUACGAUGUUUUGGUUAUGCCUAACCUUUAUGGUGACAUUCUUAGUGAUCUUUGCGCUGGUUUGGUUGGCGGUCUCGGUGUCACGCCAAGUGCUAAUAUCGGCGAAUCCGCAGCCAUUUUUGAAUCGGUUCAUGGAAGUGCGCCAGACAUCGCUGGACAGGAUAAAGCCAAUCCAACGGCGCUGCUGCUCUCUGCCGUCAUGAUGUUGCGAUACAUGUCACUGGAAGAGUUCGCAAACAAGAUCGAAGCGUCUUGUUUAGGAACCAUCAAGGAUGCUAAAAAGAUUACUCCUGAUCUAGGAGGCAACGCUUCCUGUUCUGCUUUCACUGAAGAAAUAUGCGCCAGAAUCAGGAACUCUUAAGG